CACCUUCCUUUGAUUAAUUGCUCUGACAUUCUUACCGAUCGUUAUAUUUUCGAUCUUACAUUUCAAUAUAUGCCCAUAAACCCUACCAUAAACCCUAAUUUCAAACUUCUCAGAAAGUUCUAAAACAGUAUCUAACUGGAAAAUCCUCCUACGGACCCGAAAGAGUAGGCGGGAAAAUCCGGUGGUCAAUUCAAACAAUCCAAGAACUUCGCCAGAAAUCAGAAUCAGUUCUUGAGCUGAAUUGGGCAGGAAUUUACUCAUCUGAUCCAUUUAGGGCUUUGAAUUUCCCUUACAAUGCCUUCAUUUCCCCCUCCUGGAUCUGUUACCAUCUGCGAAAUCAAUCGCGACCUCAUUACUGCCGAUUGCCUUUCCGAUGAUCGGGCGAACGAUACUUAUGGGAAAGUCCUUGGUAUGGUGUUUAGUCCUGUUCCAUUUCAGUCCGAUUUUUUGGUGUCGCCAACUCCCGAACCGAAGAAUGAGCCUAGGAACGAUGAAGCAAAUGGGGAAAUUAUUCAACGGAAGGGUGUGAUUGCAUCUUUGCAGGGAUUCAUCGAGGGCUCCAUCAACCGUUUUUUGCGUCCUAAUGAUGUAAAAUACUUACCAACUGAAUAUCUUCAAGGAGUGAGUUGGCACCAGCACAAGCAUAUUAUUGCAUUCAUAUCUGGGACGAAUCAAGUUGUUGUCCGUGACUAUGAAAAUGCAGAAGGAAAAGACCCUUGUAUUUUGACCCAUGACUUGCAAAGAGAUGUUAAAGUUCUUGAGUGGAGACCAAAUGGCGGGAGGACUCUGUCUGUUGCAUGCAAAGGUGGAAUUUGUAUAUGGGCUGCUUCUUUCCCUGGAAAUGCUGCUUCCGUGAGACCUGGUGCUGUGUCUUUCUUAGGAUCAUUCUCAAGAGGCUCCGGGGUUCGAUAUACACUAGUUGAUUUUCUCCGAAGCCAUGAUGAACAGAUUAGUGCCCUGUCAUGGAGUCCUGAUGGAAGAUAUCUCGCAUCUGCUACUUAUGAGAGCUCUUCUUUUACCAUUUGGGAUGUGGCUCAAGGGUUGGGAACGCCCAUUAGGCGUGGAUUAGGGUGUGUAUCAACAAUCAAGUGGUCACCUACUGGAGAUUACUUUUUUGCUGCAAAAUUCGAUGGAACAUUUUAUCUUUGGGAAACGAAUGCAUGGACAUCUGAACAAUGGUCUUCAACAAGUGGUUUUGUCACGGGAGCAAUUUGGGAUCCCGAAGGACGUAUGAUACUGCUUGCUUUCUCUGAUUCUUCAGUAUUGGGUUCAAUUCACUUUGCAUCUAAGCCUCCGUCAUUAGUUGCACAUCUGUUACCUGUUGACUUACCAGAGAUUACUACUUUGACGAACAGUCAAGGUAUUGAGAAGAUAGCAUGGGAUGCUUCAGGAGAGCGACUGGCUGUUUCUUUCAAGGAUGGAGACGAAUUAUAUAACGGUCUGAUCGCAGUAUAUGACGUUAAAAGGACACCCCUGAUUUGUCCAUCCUUAAUUGGCUUUAUUAGAGGACCUGGAGAUAAUCCAAAGCCAGUUGCAUUUUCUUUCCAUGGCAAGUUCAAGCAAGGACCUUUGCUUUCAGUGUGUUGGAGCAGUGGAUUUUGCUGUACCUAUCCUCUGAUAUUCCGCUCUCAUGUGGUUCCUUAGUUGUGGUUCUCUUGAGAAGGCCUAAUCUGGGUAGGAUUACUGUAUGGUGCUAAAUCUCGAAGAGAAAGAGGUUAUCUAAUUCUUCUGUACAGUUUCUGUUGCCGCAAAUCCUAUGGUACCAUCUUCAACUCUUGCUUUUGUUAUUAGGAAAAAGAAAAAAGGAAAGAAAAAAAGUUAGUAAGAAAGAAAAGCUCUCUGAUGGGUUUGUUUGCAUCAAAGUUUUGAUGUCGUGGUUAUUCUUAGAACUCAAGAACGCACUCAUACAACCUAUAAAACCGAUUCUGUUCAAGUAAGGUCGUGAUGUUCAAGUGGAUAUUCUGAUUAUGGAGAUCAUGUUAUUUGUAUCAAAUGUUUGAAAUAUUAAAUAGAACUUUCAUUUUCCUCUUUUUUCUUUA